CACAAAAUGUUGGUGCCCUGAAGUAAAGCCCCAACAAUCCUACCCUAGUUACAGUUACUGUUUACAAACAGGGCAGGAGGAGCAGCUAGGUGGCUCAAUGGAUAGAGUACCAGCCCUGAAGUCAGGAGGACCUGGGUUCAAAUCAGGCCUCAGAUACUUCCUAACUGUGUGACUCUGGGCAAUUCACUUAACUUCAAUUGCGUAGCUCUUGCUGCUCUUCUGCCUUAGAAUCAAUACUUAGUAUCAACUUUAAGACAGAAAGUAUGGGUUUAAAAAGAAGUGACAAGAGAACUGGCAUCCAUCCUUCCUCCUGAAGUACCUUAGUACUCCAGACUUUAGUACAGCUGGCAGGUCAUUCGCAUUAAUGCUUGACAGGACACUCGCCUUGCUUGGAAGUUUAUGAUGCACAGCCAGAGAUCUGGAGUUUCUAUGUGGAUCUUAAUCCCCCAUAGAACACAACUAAGGAGCCCAGAAGUGCCCUUUGUGCAAAAUAUUACCCCAAAGAGUGUUGAAAUAGCACAUGCCUCCGACAAAAAGACUACUUCUCCUUUCCUAUACUCCGCCUCCCACCCCCUCCAACUCUGGUGGACGAAUCAGAAGAAAUGCCAUCAAGGAAUGUCUGUCUCUUGGUUAUAACCCCAUCAGGAAGUGCCUUAUAGCAGAGGUUUUCCCAGCUGACUCCACCCUCCCCAAGUUCCCAUAUUAUUUGUAGGGUUUCCUAUUAAGCUUUGAGGUCCAAGGAAAUGCUCCAGGACAUGGAAGGCAGAAUUAUAGCCAAGCUAGAAGCUCCAAGAAUCAAUUGAAAGGUAUGAUGGUUUUGUUAUCCUAACGGAGAAGUGGGGGAGGGAUAGGUGAAGAAAGUGGGAAAUGUUUGGUCAGAAGAAAUUCACUCAAAUUGAGGCAAAGCCAUUCACUCAUCUCUCAAUGAGUGGUCUCAUAGGAUGGAUGGAUGGAAAGAUCACUGACAGGAGCCAAAGGAUCUGGGCUCAAGCUCUACUUCCAAAACUUUCUAUCCAUGUGACAUUAGCCAUGUCGCUUAGCCUCGUUGGCCCUCAGUUUCCUCAUAUGCAAUACGAUGAGGUUGGACUAGAUGACUUCUGAGGUCCCUUCCAGCUCUAGAACUUCUUCAAAGAUGCUGUGAUAGGGUCUCAUAUCCCCAAAGAAUCAGCCAACCCAGCUGCUCCCAGGCAAGACCAGAAACUUCUAUGCUGAUUUCCUCUCACCCCAAAUUAGAAUCCUGGAUAUCAGUUGCUUAAUAUCUAUUUGUUACUUUGAACCAAAUUAAAUGUCACGAAGUUGUGUGAUGCUUUUGGAUUUGGCCCAGCAAGAACAAUGAGGUUCAUCUAUCAAGUCCCUCUGACAAAAAGGGCUGGUGUUCUCAGUGCCAGUCUCUCGUUGAUUAUAAGAAGCAACUAUUAUUUUUGACUGAGGUCCUAUAGGAAAAGGAAAAACAGGUGAAAGUUGAGAAACUAAGAUAAAAGGUCUCUUUCAAGUUGUCAGCCAAAGCUGACUGGGGUGGAUUUCAACAAUAACUUGAGUCCAAAAUCUACUCUGACCAAGACCAGCUGGCUGAUCCACAUAAAAGCCAAGGUUUCAUCUGGGUUAUGAAAUGUCACUGGCUCACACUGCCCAACCUUGUGCUAAGCACUGGAGAUUUAAAUAAAAAAGGCUCUCAAGGAGCUCCAAUCUAAUGGAAAUUGCUUGUCUCCCUUGCUUUAGCCUCAAUCCUUCCAAUCACUUCUGUGACUGACUCACAUAGCUGAAGAUCUUCAAUGUCUCUGGUUAGUGAAAAAGAAUUCCCAGAGCUUAUAAUAGUAAUAGAAAUAGCAUUCUAGAAACUAUGAUGAAUUAUGAAAGUAAUCUUAGUCCUAGAAAACUGCUCAUGAAACAUACCUCCUUCCUCUCAAAUCAAGGGAUGAGGGAUAUGAUACAUGCUGCCAGAUGAGACACUUGGUUGACUUUGCUGAAAUGUUAAGGUUAUUGGUUAGAGGGGAGAGUGGAGAGGGGGAAGUUAAGGGAAAAUGUAGUAUGAAAACAAAAGGUAACAAUAAAGCUUUAAUAAUAUUCAUAAAACUACCUAUGAAUGCAACAAAAACUGCCACUACAUGGUCUCUCCAAGCCCCUAUUUCUAGGUAGUUUGAGGUAAAUGAUUAGGUUUGUAUUUUCAAUGAGUUAUAUAAAAUUCAGAACAGGAAAAAAAAAGGCUCCAGAACCAUAAAUUAUUAGAACUGAAAUUAAUCUUAGAGCUUUUCUAGACCAGUGAUGGUGAACUUUUUGGAGACUGUGUGCCCAAACUGCAACUCUCAUGCCAUGUGAGCUGCUGCUACCCCGACCCCUUACCCCAGAUGGGAGGGAGGAAGAGCUCCCAUUGGGCUGCUGGGCAGAGGAGUGGGUCAUGUGAGAAAUGCCCUGAGGUGCACAUUGAGCAGAGGGGAGCAGCCCCCUCUGGCAUGCUUUGGCACACGGUCCUAUGUUCUUCAACACAGUUCUAGACCAAACAACCACCUUAUUUUACAGAUGAGGAAAUCAUGACUCUAUGAGAUUACAUGACUUGGCCUACUUUUUUUUUUAAACCCUUAUCUUCCAUCUUGGAGUCAAUACUGUGCAUUGGCUCCAAGGCAGAAGAGUGGUAAGGGCUAGGCAAUGGGGGUUAAGUGACUUGUCCAGGAUCACACAACUGGGAAGUGACUAAGGCCAGAUUUGAACCUAGGACCUCCCAUCUCUAGGUCAAGCUCUCAAUCCACUGAGCUACCCAGCUACCCCUUGGCCUACUCUUAUAGGGCAAACCAAGGACAGGAUCUCAAGUCCAGCUUCUCUUCUUUUCCUUCCUUCCUUCCUUCCUUCCUUCCUUCCUUCUUUCCUUCCUUCCUUCCUUCCUUCCUUCCUUCCUUCCUUCCUUCCUUCCUUCCUUCCUUCCUUCCUUCCUUCCUUCCUUCUUUCUUCCCUCCCUUCCUUCCUUCCUUCUUCCCUCCCUUCCUUCCUAUCUUUUUUUCUUUCUUUCCCUUAGCUUUGGAAUAGAUACAAAGGACCAAUUUUAAGGCAGAAGAACAGUAAGAGCUAGGCAAUUGAGAUUAAGUGACUUGACUUAGAAAGUGUCUGAGGCUACCUUUGAACCCAAGACCUCCCAUCUCCAGGUCUGGUUCUCUAUUCACUGAACAACUUAGCUGCCCCUCCACUUUCCCUUCUAAUACUUUUUCUUGAAGAGACCAGUCAGAUGGGCUUACCAUGUGCUUCUGAAGCCUUUUUUUUAAGGCUAGUUCCUUAAGAAAGAAAGAAGAUUGGGGGAAUUGAGUGCCUGCAUCUCCGUAUUUAGUACUAAUCCAGCACUUUCCAUUUUUGCUAAAGGGUCAAGUUUAAUGCCCUGGCUUUUGGGGAGACAAAGAUCAUAAAAAGAUAUUUCAUCACCCCACAGCUAGACAAUAAGAAAGAAAAAAGGCAAUGGAAAAGAAUGAGAGGAAAUGAAUUUGAUCUAAGUCAGAGGACAGAGAGGUGGGUCCCUGCCUCUCUAAUGAGGAAGUUGCCUUGCAUAGCUGAUUUCCUUUAUCAGCUGUAAAUAGUGGGAAAGUUUCUUUCAAAAAGUAGAAGGUUCUCCUGUCCCCAUUGGACAACAUGCUUCGGGGAGAGAAGUCAAGCUUGCAAGUAUUUAUUAAUGCACCUACUACAUGCCCAGUGUUUAAAAUCUUGUUGAGGAGAUGAGACUUAUGUACUCCCAUUUAAAGUAAAUUGGGUUGUUUGUUUUUUAAACCCUUACCUUCUGGAGCCAAUACUGUGUACUGGCUCCAAGGCAGAAGAGUGGUAAGGGCUAGGCAAUGGGGGUUAAGUGACUUGCCCAGGGUCACACAGCUGGGAAGUGGCUGAGGUCAGAUUUGAACCCAGGACCUCCCGUCUCUAGUCCUGGCUCUCCAUCCACUGAGCCACCCAGCUGCCCCCUAAAGUAAAUUGUGUAUGACACAUUUACAUUGAAAGUAAAUGAAACACUACAAAACAGAGUGUUGGUAUAGAUAAUAUGUUCUUUAGGAUUCUAGUGAAGGCUGAGGUCAUUGGGACUGGAAAAGCUGGAAAAGGCUUCUUUGUGCAGACCUCACAUAGCACUUUUUAAACAUUUAAUAAUGGAAGAAGAUUUUUUGUAAACCCUUACUUUCCAUCUUAGAAUUGAUACUAUGUAUUGGUUCUAAGGCAGAAGAGCAGUAAAGACUAGUCAGUGGAGGUCAAGUGACUUGCCCAGGGUCACAUAGCUGGGAAGUAUCUGAGGCCAAAUUUGAACCCAGGACCCUCCUGUCUCUGGGCCUGACUCUGAAUCCAUUGAGCUACCCAGCUGCUCCACCACAAAGUCUUUUGCUAAUUAAUCAAUCAAUCAAUCAGCGUUUAAUAGGCACCUACUAUAUGCCAGGCACUAUGCUAAGCACUGGAGAUGCUUUAAAGAGGCAACAGAUAGUCCCUAUCUUCAAGGAAUUUGCAAUCUAAUAGAAGUCUCUCUCUCCCUUGCUCUGUCCCCAAUCCCUUCCAAUCAAAUUUGCCCUAGAUGUUGGAAUUCCUGAUUAUAGCUCUGCAUACAGUAAGUGCUUGCUCUUUUUUUUUUUUUAAUUUAAUUGAAUGAGUUGGAAUGUAAGUUGACAAAUCUGAACUGGGCUGAGCAAAGGAAAGUGGGAGUGGGCAUUCCAGGCAGCAAGCCUUUCUGCCAUUCAGAAGGCAUCUCCGAAUGGACUGUGCAAGUAGCUCUUUAAACCCACUCACUAGGACAUACUCAGUUUUAGAGACUUGCAGGUCAGGGAAGCUUGGAUCAUCCAGAGGCAUUAAUUACCUUGGUUCUUUUUCUGGGUUGCUGCUAGAAGCACCAAAAAACAAUCUGGGAUCAUGAACCAAGGAAAUGGGCCAGAUUUUAUGACUUGGCAGGAAGUCAAAGACUAACAUGAAUUAGAUGGAAGGGACCGAAGGUCCUCUAAUUCCGCUCCUCAUUUAACAGAUAAGGAAACUGAGGUUUAGGGUCACACAGAUACUAAACAUCUGAGACAAGAAUCGAACCCAGCGCCUCAAAUUCCAGAGUCAAUACUCUUCACUACACCAGAGGAGUUUUCAGGAGUGAAUUAGUGGUGAUUUGAUCAGGGUUCUAACACGGAGUCCCUGCUUUUAAAUAUACAGGGGUUGGGGGUGCACAAUCUGAGAAUCUGAGCAAAAAUUUUUUGGCCCUCUCUUUGUGCCAAAGAAGGCUGAAUUUUUUUCUUUUUCUUUUAUGGGAUGUUUACAGUACCUUAUUGUAAAAUCUGGGCCCAGUAUUCUGUCAUAGGCUAAAUCUGGCUUUCCACUCUUAACUAACUUUUUGAUUCUGGCAAAUCACUGAUCUCAGUUUGCCUCAAUUCUCCGAUGUCUAAAAUGAGCUGGAGAAGGAAAUGCUAAGCCAAGAAAACCCUAAAUGAGGUUUCAGAGAGUCAGAUACAGUGAAAUGACUGAACAGCAAAGAUGUGCCAGGCAGGAUUCCUCUAGGUGGCUCAGUAGAUUGAGAGCCAGGCGUAGAGAUGGGAGAUCCUGGAUUCAAAUCUGAACUCGGACACUUCCUAGUUUUAUUUAACUCCCAUUGCCUGGCCCUGAUGGCCCUUCUACCUUAGAACCAAUACAUAGUACUGAUUCUAAGACAGCAGAUAGGGUUUUUGAAAAAAUGUGCCAGGCACCGAAGAUUAAAAAAAAAAAAGUAAAAUUAUCCCAGAGCUUGUCUGUGGAAGAGAUGACAUAUAUGUAUAGACAAAAUAAAUACUAGGUAAUUUUGUGGGGUGAUGGCAGUAGCAGUUUGGAAGACUGCAAAGAGCUCUGCAAAGAAGAUGGUGUUUGAGAUGAAUUUCAAAGGAAACAAGAGAUUUCAAGAAACAUAGGUAAAGGAGAACAUUCCAGGCAUGGGACACAGUCAGUGCAAAAGUGUGGAGAGAGGAGAUGAAGUAUCUGGUAUGGAAUAAGAAGCUAGUUUCACUAGGGCCAGGGAGCAUGUGAAGGGGAGUCAGGUGUGAUUAGUUCGGAAAGGGGGGCAGGUUGUAAAGGACUUUAACUGUCACAAAGAGGAUUUUGUAUUUUAUCCUGGAGCCAAUAAGAUCCCACUGGCACUAUUGAGCAGGGGAGCAAGGUCAACUCUGAGCUUCAGGGAAAAAAAUAAGCAUAUUCUUGUGGGUUCCUCAAGAGACCAGUGCCAUUCCUACACCAAGACUAAGGCCUACAGAGUUGGAACCUACUCUUGUUCUAUAGGUACCCAAGAGGUACAACUGGUCAAAGACAGGCCAGGGGUAAUCGGCCUCCCUUCCUGCCAAAAUUCAGCCUAUGAGAUCCACACCCCUAAACCAGGAGAACCCUUCUUCCCCCGUUCCAAGGCUGAUUUGACUCCAUGUCACCCCAAGAGGCAAGGCCUUCUAGGAGUAGCUCUCUCUAGAGGCACAAUUUUCUAACGGAGGCUCCCUGAGUCUCAUAACAGCUCACCCUGUCAAGAAGCUCUUCCUUCCACCUAUCCUGAUCCUUUCCUCUGUAGUUUAAGCCCAUUUGUACUUAUUUGGUUUCAUCCUCUAGAAUGCUUUACCACCUCCAGUAGUGUAAUGUUUCAUACCCAUUUCAAGAUAAGGGAAAAGGGGAAGAAGAGAACUUAGUGGGGUAAUGUGAAGGCUUCAAGCCCUCUCUCUGUCUCUGUGUCUGUGUCUCUGUGUCUUUCUCUCUUCCUCCCUCUCUCUCUCCCCUCCCCUCUCCUGAUUUUGGGGGUAUCUCCUUGAUCUUUCUAGUGGCAAGAACAUAUAAGGAGAGGACUCCAUAAAAAUGAAGGGUUCUGUUGAGAUAAAAGCUAUAGCCAUGCAGCGAUGACCCUUGCUGAGACUGGCAAAUAUUUGGGUAAAAACAAGUAAAAUACAGUUCUAGCUUAGCAGCCAAUCAAAAGGCUUUUUUUUUUUUGCCAUACAGUAAUUGGUUAGGAAACAGUCCUACAGUAGCACUACAUGCUCAAAAAUAAGGAGUAUUUUUUUUAAAUUUUUAUUUAAUUAGAUGCUUUAGAAUAUUUUUCCAUGGUUACAAGACUCGUGUUCUUCCCCCCCCUCCUAUAUCUGAACCACAAUUCCACUGGGUUUAACAUGUGUCAUUGUCCAAGACCCAUUUCCAUAUUAUUAAUAUUUGCACUAGGGGGAUCAUUUAGAGUCUACUUUCCCAAUCAUGUCCCCAUCAACCCAUGAGAUCAAGCAGUUGUUUUUCUUCUGUGUUUCCACUCCCACAGUUCUUCCUCUGGAUGUGGAUAAUGUUCUUUCUCAUAAGUCCCUCAGAAUUGUCCUGGAUCACUGCAUUGCUGUUAGUAUAGAAGUCCAUUACGUUCGAUUAUACCACAGUGUAUUAGUCUCUGUGUACAAUGUUCUCCUGGUUCUGCUCCUCUCGCUCUGCAUCACUUCCUGGAGGUUGUUCCAGUCUCCAUGGAAUUCCUCCACUUUAUUAUUCCUUUUAGCACAAUAGUAUUCCAUCACCAACAUAUACCACAAUUUGUUCAGCCAUUCCCCAAUUGAAGGGCAUCCCCUCGUUUUCUAAUUUUCUGCCACCACAAAGAGCGCAGCUAUGAAUACUCUUGUACAUGUCUUUUUCCUUAUUUUCUCUUUGGGGUACAAACCCAGCAGUGCUCUGGCUGGAUCAAAGGGCAGGCAGUUAAAGAGUAUUUUUUUUUAAUAUUAUAUCAAGUGCUUCCAGAAGUCAGCUCAUGCAUCCAGGAUUCGAGCCCUCAUUGACCAGUUCCCUGUAACAUUAUUCCAAGUUGACAGAGAAAAAGGUACCCUCCCCAUGAAUCAGUCCUGGACUAUUGAAAUUCCAUGAUUUUAUUGCUAUUCUUUCUGCUUUCCCCAUCUUCUGACUUCAAAGUCUGCACUCAAUAGUAUUAUUCACUGAGAGGUUCCAGCUACUUCUUGGUUUUUCACCCAAAAUGCCAAAGAAGUAGGAUGUCCCCUUGUUGCUCCAAGAUGUUGCUACUGACCUCUGGGGAAACCCUCCCCCAACCUCUUUUCUCUCCAACACUGGACACUGUCUAGUCUAACCAUACCCACUAGCUCUGGGUUAGAGAAUGAGAUCAGAGUUUAUCUCUAAUUCUUUUCCCUGAAGGCCUAGAUGAUGGAAGAAAGGGUAAGGACAGCUAUCUCAAAGCCCUGUGAAUAGACUUGAAAGUGAGUGUUGAACUUACUUGACAUGUAAAUGAACUGGCUAGCCCAGAGACAAAAUCUGUAGGUAGAUAUGGCAGAAUGCCCCCAGUGGGAAGCAGCACAUGCAUGAUGUCUUGGCCAGGCAGUGAAUAUCCUCUAUGUGUGUGUGCCCCCUAGGCAUGACCACUCUUCCCACUAAUAGUAUAUUUGUAGGAGGGUGAACCACAGAGUUUCCAGAGGAGGAAUUUCCUUCUUUUCUUCCUUCUCCUUUUCUUCCUCCUCUUUUUUCCCUAUUUCAUUAAUCAUCUUUACUUUUAACAAAUUGUAUCCUCUGACAGAGGCUCCUAAGCAAUGGUUGUGAGUGAAUAUGGAACCCUGGAGUUCAUUUUUCUGGAGGUGCAUGUAUGAAAGUUCAUGUCAGGUGCCACACUCACUUUGUUUCUUUGGGUUGGGAAAGCACAGAAGCAUUCAGACCCUGCCACUUUAAAAACAUAUUUUUCAGCAACUCCCCCCUCAUCUCUGAAAGCUGGUCCCUCUGAAAUAGCAUUCAAAGAUAACCAUGGCCUGAUACAGGACAGUCCUACUCUCCUUUGGCCUGGUCAAACCAAGAAUGAGGUUCUGUGUUUAGCCCUAGCCUCUACCUUUUAAGAAAGACUCUGGCAAAUUGCAGAGGUGUCUAAGUAAAGUUAGAGGAUGAGGAGGUGCCUAGAGAACAAAAAUUAGUCAAUUCAAAUCAGCAAACAUUUAUUAAGUGCCUACUUAUGCUAGGCACUUUGUUAAGUACUGGUAGUAUCUUCAAGGUGGUAUAUUCUACUUGAAGCAUACAGGGUAUAUUUAGCUUAGAGAAGAAAAAUCCUAGAGCAGACAAGAUCACUGGAUUAAAAAAUCUAAAGGCAGUCUUGUAAAAUAAGGAUAUAACAUUGUUCUGGCUAACUAGGAGUAAGAACAAUAGGUAGAAAUUUCAGCAACUUGAAGUGGGGUUGUCCAACUUUUCUCAGCAUCAGAGGGCAAGACAUGAAUGAUGAGAUCUAGCAAAGGAGACUGAGAAGAAAUGAUUAGAUAGAUGGGAGGAAAGAUCAGUGUCAUGAAAGUGCACAAAGAGCCGAACUCUCCCACAUGUAUCUCAGCAAUGAUCUAAAAAGAGCUCCAUAUCCAAAAUUAUCAAAUUGCCCAAAGUGAAACAUUAGUGUUUUCCUUAUCUAUGUCCCAUAAUUGGAGUACUUUGACAAGAAGAGUAUAAAAAUAUGGAGGGAAAGAGAAGGGAAGUAAGUAUCUAGUGAACCUCACUUUCAUCUGAACUGGUCAAAGGAGAGCUGAAACCAUAUGCAUGCACAUAAAGUCUUUUGUAAAUGCCAUCUAAUCUGAUGCUUCAGGCAACCAAAAGGAAUAAAAAGAAACCAUUUUAUGCUUUUAAAAAGCACUUUCACUUUUGACAAUGAAACUAUGUCUACUUAAUAGUGUACUGGGUGUCUUAGCAUCUUAAAAAAAGUUAAUUAGAUUAUAAGAAGAAAUAACAAAAAUCAGUAGUUGGGAACCUCAAUGUACCCCUCUCAAACACUGGCGAUUUUAACAAAAAAAGAUAAACACAGCAAGUGGUAAAGAUUGGAAUAGGACUUUAGGAAAUUAGAUAAUAGAUCUUUGAUGAUUAGUGAAAUAGGAAACGGAAGGAAUUGACUAAUUUCUAGGCUGUACAUGACAUGACACUUUUACAAUAAUUGUUCUUGUGCUAGGGUAUAAAAAUCUUAUAAAAGCAAAAAAAGCAAAAAUAUUAUUGAAAAACAUCCUUUAUUUGAUCAUACCACAAUAAAACUUAUAAUCACUAAAGGACCUUUAAUGAAAGGAUUUGAACUGAAAUGAUGACUUGAACUUUAAGAGUUUGUGGGUCAAAGAAAUCAGAGAAACAAUUUCAUCAGAAAUAACAAAUAUUGUAUUUUCAAAUGGCAAUAGUAAGACAACAUACCAAAAUUUUGUGGAUGUGGCCAAAAAAUCUCUGUGGGAAAUUUAUAUCUGUAAACACGAACAAAAGAGAAAAAGAACAAAUAAUUGAAUUAGAUAUACAACCAAAAAAAAUAGGGAAGUGACAAAAACCCAACUAAUUAAGCAUUUAAGUAACUAUUAUGUACCAAACCCUUAUACUAAGCACUGGGAAUAUGCACAAAGAAAGAUAGGGCCUGCCUUCAAGGAACUCAUAUUUUAGCACCUCUAGGGAACUGAAAAGCAACUGAGUAGAGAAGAGAUGAAGGUGCUAGGUUAGAGGAAGCCUUACAGUCAAGAGUAAAACUUAGAGAGAAAUAAAAACAUAGUUGGCCAGACCUGGGUUCAAAUGUGGCCUUAGAUACUGUCCAGCUGUGUGGCCCUGGACAAGUUAAAAAAAAAAAUACAUAAUUAGCUUGGGUAAUCUCCUUAUGAAAGUUCCAGGAGGAAACAGCCAAACAUAGGGAGAAGGUGUAGAGGUAUUUCCAGUGUGUGAGGACCAGAGAUGGAAUGAAUUUGCGGAGAAGAUAUUUCUAUGGCAUGGUAGGGAAGGUACAGUUCAGAGAGUCAGGAGUGCAUCAUGUGGAGGAUUGAAUGAACUAAAUACUAAAAUAGAAACUCUGAACAUAAAAGAUUAACAAAACUGAAAGAAAACAAUUGAAUUGACAAAUAUGUGCCUUUUUUUCUAAAGUAAAUUUUCUAUUUAUACUUUCUGUUUUUAUAUCAGUUAUUUCCAAAUAUACUUCUACCUACCAUUCCAGUGAGUUGUCCAUUGUAACAAAGAAAAAUAAUUAAGAGGGCAGCUGGGUGGCUCAGUGAAUUGAGAGCCAAACCCAGAGACAGAAAGGAGGUCCAGGGUUCAAAUGUGACCUCAGACACUUCCUAGCUGUGUGAUCUUCUGCCUUGGAACCAAUACACAGGAUUGAUUCUAAGAUGGAAGGUAAAGGUUUAAAAAAAAGAAAAAAGAAAAAAAUAAUUAAGCAAAACUAAACAACUUAGUGGGGCAUCUAGGUGCUACAAAUAGAAUACCGGGUCAGGGGUCAGAAAGACUCAUCUUCUUGAGUUUAAAUUUGGCCUCAGACACUUAUUAUCUUUGUGACCCUAAGUGAGUCAUUUAACCCUAUUUGCCUCAGUUUCCUCACUUAUAAAAUAAGCUGGAGAAGGAAAUGGCAAAUUACUCCAAUCUCUUUACUAAGAAAACCCCAAAUAGAGGUUUGAAGAGUUGGACACAACAACAACAAAAAACCAACAUAGCGGCUACAUCACCCAGCGUGUCAUUCCCCUCCAUAGCUUCCCACCACUCCAACAAAGGAGAUGGAUUCCUUUCUUAAUCUCUUCUAUAGGGCCAAGUUUGGGCACUAUAAUACAAGUGUUCAGCUUGGUUUUAAUGUUUACAUUUUUUUUUAAACUCUUACCUUCCAUCUGGGAGUCAAUACUGUGUAUUGGCUCCAAGGCAGAAGAGUGGUAAGGGCUAGGCAAUGGGGCUCAAGUGACUUGUCCAGGAUCACACAACUGGGAAGUGACUAAGGCCAGAUUUGAACCUAGGACCUCCCGUCUCUAGGCCUGGCUCUCAAUCCACUCAGCUACCCAGCUACCCAGCUGCCCCCGAUGUUUACAUUUUUGUGGGCAUUUUAUACAGUAUUUUCUUGGAUCUUAUUUCAUUGUAUAAAACUUCAUAUUGAGUCCUCUCAUCUGUGAAUUCCUCAUAUUCCUUUCUUAUGGUGCAAAUAUUAUUCUGUUAGCAAUUUGUUGUUUUUGGUUUUUAGCUACCACAAAAAGUCUUACUAUAAAUCUUUUGGGAUAUAUAGGACCUUUCUUUCUGCUUUUGACUUUUCUGAGAUAAAUGGCUAGUAGUGGGAUCUGUGGCUCAAAGGAUAUUAAUAGCUAAGUGAAUUUUCUCCCAGCCAAUUUUUCAGAACCAUCUCCCCAGUGCAAUAUGAGAGCAAAAAAAACCCCUUGAGUCAGGCCCCUUUCCCUUAAUUGCUACUACUCCCUCCUCAAUUGAUUUAUCAUCUUCAUAUCCCACCCAUCAUCAUGUAUUGUAAUAACUCACAUUUAUAUAAUACUUUAUGAACAAAAUACAUUUGUAGGUAGUUCAUUUAUUACUUCCAUUUUGUUGAUGAGGAAGUCGAGGUUCACAGAAUGAUAUGCUUAGAUGGGUAGGUCCAAAUUAUCACUUACUAUGAAGAUAUCCUGGGUGAGCAGGUAGCUCAGUGGAUAGAGUGCCAGAUCUGGAGAUGGAAGGUAUAUACUAUCAAGAUCUUCGAUACAUAUUCAUACACUGUUAAUAACAAGCCUUUCAUUUUAAAUUCAUACCGCCCUUCCAAUGCAGGCUCUCUGAAGCUCUUUAGCACUCGCUUUUGCAUUUCUGUGUCUGACAUCCAGAGCUGGAACUAAUCCAGGCAACCGGACCUUUGCCCUGAGUGCCACCAUCUAAGGUGAUUUGGUCCAGCUCCUGUUUGGCUUUCUCCAGCAUCAGUGGUUAUUUCCCAGGAAGUCAUCUUUCCCACCAUGUCGGACUAUGAAAAUGAUGAAGAAUGUUGGAAUAUGCUUGAGGGCUUUCGGGUGAAGCUUAUCUCCAUCAUCGACCCUUCUAGGAUUACACCAUACCUCCGACAGUGUAAGGUCAUUAAUCUAGAUGAUGAGGAACAGGUUCUCAGUGAUCCCAACCUGGUCAUUCGAAAAAGGAAAGUAGGUGUUCUCUUGGACAUUCUCCAAAGGACCGGCCACAAGGGAUAUGUGGCCUUUCUGGAAAGUUUGGAACUUUACUAUCCACAGCUAUAUAAGAAGAUCACUGGGAAGGAACCCACCAGGGUUUUCUCCAUGAUAAUAGAUGCUUCUGGGGAGUCAGGCCUGACACAGCUGCUCAUGAAUGAAGUCAUGAAGCUUCAGAAGAAGGUACAGGACCUGAACGUGAUGCUUAGUGCUAAGGAUGACUUCAUCAAGGAAAUGCGGGUGAAAGACAGCAUGUUGCGCAAGCAUCAGGAGCGUGUGCAGAAGAUGAAGGAUGAGUGUGAGGCCUUCAGCCAUGAGCUCAAGCGGUGCAAGGAUGAGAACUAUGACUUAGCCAUGCUCUACGCCAGGCAGAGUGAGGAAAAAAACAUGGCGCUCAUGAGGAAUCGUGACCUGCAGCUGGAGAUAGACCGAUUAAGGCACAACCUGAUGAAGGCUGAGGAUGACUGCAAUGUAGAAAGGAAGCACACAAUGAAGCUUAGGCAUGCCAUGGAACAGAGGCCAAGUCAGGAGGUUGUGUGGGAGAUACAGCAGGAGAAGGAUCUUCUUCAGGCAAAGAUCCAAGAACUGGAGAGCUCCAUCAGGGAAGGAAGACGGGAUAAGAAUAAUGCUUACAUCCAGGUUCUGGAAGAAGACUGGAGGGAGGCCCUGAAGGAUCACCAGGAAAAGGAAAACACAAUUUUCCACCUGCGAAAGGAGCUUCGGCAAGCCGAGGCACUUCGGAACAAGAGUAUAGAAGAGAAGGAAAUGUUUGAGCUGCAGGGCAUGGCCCUGCGCAAGGAUUCAAAGAUGUACAAAGAGCGCAUCGAAGCUAUCUUGCAGCAGAUGGAAGAAGUAGCGAUAGAGAGGGACCAGGCCAUCAUGACGAGGGAGGAGUUCCACCUGCAGUAUUCGAAUAGCCUGAAGGAAAAGGAUGAGCUGCGGAAGCAGAUCCGGGAGCUGGGGGAGAAGUGUGAUGAGCUGCAGCUCCAGCUGUUUAAGAAGGAAGGCGAGUUGCUGUUUAUGGAGAGCAAGCUGAAGCGGCUCCAGCUGGAGACCCCCAUCCUGAGUUCAGACUUAGAGGACAGCUCACCCAGAAAUUCUCAGGAGUUAACUCUUCCCAGGGACCUGGAGGAGGAUGCACAACUCUCCAACAAAAGUCAUCCAGCUAAGGAGAACCUUCUUGCCACCACGAAGGAGAAGCUUUUUCUGGCCCAAAAUGGAAGUAGAUUGAGCAAUGGAGAUCACCAAGAGAAGGAACGACGCCGUAUCAAAGAAAGCUUUGAGAAUUAUCGUAGGAAGUGGGCACACAGAAAGGUUCACCAUAGCACUCGGCAGGGAGAAGUUGACUGGGAAAACACCACAGGAAGUGACAACACAGAUACUGAGGGCUCCUAGCUCUAUAUUUGCCUGUUGAACGCACAGUCUGAAAUCCCCCCAGGCAGUUAUUUAAACUCUUUAAGAAGCCCUGUACUUCCAGCACCAUGUGGACAGAAUGGAGUAGGAAGGUAAUUUAUCAACAACUUCAUCUAAGCAUAAAAACCAUUUCUGUUUGGCUUAGAUUUAAGAAGAAAAGUCAUUUAUUUUGGACUAUUGAAUCCAAGGUCCUAAACCCAAAGAUUUCUGUUCUGAAUUAGGAUUGACUUUAGAUUGGUAUUAAAAUGGAUUUGUGACUUUAAUGAAGGAUUGAUAUGAAGAAUUCUGAGAAAAUAAAAAGCAGACUAAAUAAAGAAGACUGAGGCAAAAAAAACUAUAACCAUGUGUUUGAAGAAAAUAUUAAACAGCAACAAAACUCAGAUCAAAUCCAAUAGAAAACAGUGGAACCAAAUUAUCAAAGUUAAAGGAUGUGACCAUUUUUUUUUGUUAAAUAAAAAAACUGCAAAAAAAUGGAAAGUAGUCUGUGCUGUCAGUGUACUCAAUCUUUGAGGCUGUUUUGCUCAGUUGUUUGGGGCUAAUACAUGUGUCCCUUCCACAUUGCAAUGACUUCUUCAUUUUGGUUUUGAUAUAUCUUGGGUCACCAUAAGAAAUUAAAUAGGAAUUUGGGGGGGAGACACUCAAAAGUCAACAGACAAUACAGAAAAAGUGUAGAAACUCAGAAAUGCAUUAAAUAUAUGUAUAGUAUUGUAUAAUAUCAAUAUAUUUUAUCUCUUAAUACCAUAAAUAGACAUGAUUUCUUUUUAAAAGUUAAAACAGAAAGAAGUUAAGGUUUGUGAAAAGAAUGUAAAAGCCAGCACAUGAUAUACAAAGGCUAGAAAUGUAGAGAUAUCUUAACAUCAACCUACAUAUAGCCUAUGACCAAAUACUGAACCCACAUUUUACAAUGAAGUACUGUAAAUAUCCCAUAAGAGAAAAAGAAAAAGUCAAACCUUCUCUGGUACAAAAGGAAAGCCAAAAAAAAAUUUACUUGGAUUUUCCAGAUUGCCAGGCACUAUACUCAUAACCCCCAUGGUGUGAAAGGAA